AUGCGGUUCUUUGAGGCGAGUUGGAUGCUUAAGUUCAAGGGGAUUUAUUGUUUCUCGUACUCGAUGGGGGAUACGCAUCUGCUGGUUUAUGCGACGGGGAAGAGUCCGUUAGGACCAUUUAUGUAUCGGGGCACGAUACUAGAGCCGGUGGUGGGGCGGACGACGCAUCAUUCGGUUGUGGAGUUUGAGAGGAAGUGGUGGUUGUUUUAUCAGGAUGCGAGUUUGAGCGGCGGGAUCAAUCAUUUGAGGUGUGUGAAGGCGAGAGAGAUUGUGUAUGAUGAGGAGGGGGCGAUUGGCCUUAAGGAAGCGCAGUGA